AUGCAAAUCUUCGGGAUUGCCCUGCCGGCCCUCACGGCCGUGUCAGCAGCACACUCUGCAACCGCACAGGAGACGCCGAGGACCUGCAACCAAGUGCAGAUCUUCAUCUCGCGGGGUCACGGCGAGUCCAUGCCGGGCCUUCAGACCGUCAUCUCAGACGAGAUCUGCAAGGGCCGCCCGUCGUGCGGCUUCCAAAGCAUCGCCUUCAACGCCACCAGCGAGCCCGCGACCCUGUGUCUCGACCAGUACGCCGGCGUGCUCCGCGCCUGGGCCGACAUCUCCGAGUACGCGGCGCAGUGCCCGGAAUCGAAGCUGGUCAUCACCGGCUGGUCCAGGGGCGGCGCCCUCGUCUCGGAUCUUCUGGCCGGCGGGGGCGGCAUCCCGCUCGCGGGCGAUCUGUGCGAGCAGCCCGUCACGCCCGCGCUGGAUCCGGAUGUUUUCCCGGGCAACAGGGGUAGGCUUUUCGCCGCGGUCAUCAACUUUGGCGUCCUCCACCACAACGCCAACCAGACCUGGAACGUCGGGUCCGGCUCGUCGCGUGACGGCCAGCACCCACGAAACGCAGACAUGCUGCGUCAGCUCGGCAGGUGGGCCGAUCGGUUCCGAGAUUAUUGCGAAGUCAACGACCCCCUGUGCGCUCAGGGAGGCGACUCCGGGUCUCACCGGGACUAUUUUACCAAGGAGAAGUGGCGCCAAAUGGCUGCUGAGUUCGUUGCAUCUCGGCUGGGUUAG